GGGAGAAAAUGCGCCCAAGUUUGAGAACGUGUCUUGCUGAGAAGAGGAGACCAAAAAGAGAAGAUAGGCUUCAUAUGGUGCGGGUCAUUGCAGAUGACAUAAAACAGGUUUGCUUGAACCCUCCACUCAGGCAGUGUCUUGACCUGGCCAAGACUAUGGUAGAGAUAUACCCAGAGUCUUUAGGAGACAGAACAGAAGAGGGAGAGCGAAUGGGCAGUGGAUAUUUCUGUUUAGGCAAACAGCUAAGAGAAAGGAUGCAGUUUUUAAACCGAGACAAUACCCUUGCCCGGCUUCGAAAGCCUAAGCGAUUGGCUCCUCCCAUAGAAGAUGACAAUCCAGGACCGUCAAUGAAGUGUGCCAAAACAGAUAGCUAUGGGUGUGUCAAUUGGCAGCCUUUGCAGCUACCGGAAGGUGAAAACAGAGAGUCCCUUUUAGAGAAGAAAAGAGAGCUGAUGACUAUCUAUUCCCUGGAGGGACAAAGAGCUGCAGACCAGAGACGUGUGGAUGACCUCAUGACGGUAACAUAUGAGCCACAGCGUCGAGACUUGAAUGCAACUCCCUCACCAAGUAUGUCACAGCUUCAGAGGGAUUGGCCAUUCCUUUUCAUGCAAAAGUUUCUACUCAAGCACUUUUGCUUACUGACCAGAUUUGACCUAGAAUCAAGACUACAAGAAUCACUUGCCAAAAAGGGAGAAAGAGUGUUGAAAUACUUCAAAAGUCAACUUUUGAGAUGGAAGAAAGAUGUGAAGAUGGUCCUCUCCUGCCUUGAGAGACAGGAAGAAGAGGUGGAUCCUGGGCUUGCUGCAACACUCAUCAUGGUUGCCCACUUCCAAGAAAAAGAGGAUGCCAUCUUCCUCUUGGCUGACGAAACUUCUACCCAGGCAGACGUUGAGGCCCAGCUUUCCCUGCCCAACACUCCCAGGCUCAUCAUGCUUGGACACUCCAUUCUGGGAGCCAGGAAGUGGAUGCUUUCCAUUGAGGGUGGUGUUGUCCUUAAACUCAGCGAGACGUCCAAUUUCACGACAGCCCUGGCUGUCCUCUUUGCUUCGUACUAUGUCUUCAAUAUAGAAUAUCCAGCUGAGGCAGCCACGUCUUUGGAGUUUAUCCAGAGAUUCUUUGUCAGGAUAAAUCCAGAAUACAGCAAGUGUACGGCAAAGACGCAUGUGAGCCGAAGGACGGGAAAGAUGGUCCAGAGGAAGAGCGAGUCCCUCAACUCCCACGUCGGUUCCUUCAUAAGAGACUUUAUCGAUUACGACUGGAAGAACUGAACUGAUCCAGGAAGAAGAGUUCCGGCCACGCCAGUGGGUAAGAGACCAGGCUACCCCCUGAUGUGUGUGCACCUGAGUUGCCAGCUAUGAUCAAAGCCAUCUGAACAGGCAUGUUAUU